GGGCAGAAAGCAGACCACCAAGGGUUCAGGGAACAAAGACCAGAUACUUGGAGUUGGGGGGUGGGGGGGGGCCCGAAAAGGGAAGCCAGAGGAGCAAUUGGGGAUCCAGACGUCGGAGAUGAGGGGAUUCGGGGAGCCAGGGGAAAGGCAGGGCUGAGUGAGGGGUGGGGGCAGGAGCACCCCCUCGGGGUCACCCCUCUCCUUCCUCCCUCCCCAGAUUUCAGUUCCUUCCCCCCAGCCCUGACUCCUUGAACGUCACUGACAAUGGCAGCUAUUGUGAGGAGUGGGGGCUGCGGGCCUACCCGCUGUUCGGCGCGGCCCUGGGGAGCGGUGAGGGGUACCCCAGCCCCCUACCUGCCUCCCCGCACUAUACUUGAACAUUCAUCUGUACUGAAGUGUUACUUGAACCGGGGGAACCUCGGACCUGGGGGAGCCGGAGCUUGAGGGGACAGGACCAGCUUGGACUGAGACUGGACUGGUGGGCACCCAGUUUGGACUGGACUACCCCCAGGCUCUCUCUUGCUUUACUGUAUUGAGCAGCUCCACCCCUCCUGACCUGGGGUGGGGGUGGGGGUGGGGGUGGGGUGCCAGCCCAGUGAUGGAGAAGAUGGGACUCCUCCAGCUUGGCUCUUCCCACUCUUUCAUCGUCAUGGAAACUUGUAUCCCAUUUGCCCAGGGAACUGCCACUCCUGGUUGCCAUGGAAUUAGCAGCCAAUGGACACCUCCCAAAGCCAGUGCUAAGGCUGGAAAGGGCCCCUCUUAGUUGCCGUGGGAACUUAGUAACAGACUCUCGGCCCUCCCCUGCCCCUUCCUUCACUGCGAGGGCGGGGUUUGGGGAGCCAGGGGGAGGGGUCGGGGCCAGGUCCCCCCCCCUCAGCCCAGGCCUCCCUGGGGAGCCAGGUUGUACCAUGUAGGGGAGGGGGGAAUCUAUCCACAUACCUCAGGUAACAGGGAGGUGCGCGGGUGGGGGGAGGGACUGGGCGGACCAAAGGCCGGAGGGGAGGGGAUCCUGGGAAUCGCAAAAGGCUUGAGGAUGGGGCCGCUUGGGGGAGGGGGAGGAGGCAGCCCGGCCGGGGGCAAGUGGGGAACCCAGCCGGGCUGGGCCCCUGGGCCCCGGGUCUGUACAAUAUGGUUUGCUAUAAAAGUCAAAAUCUUCCAGCCGGGGCCGCCGAGUUCGUGUGUGUGUCUGCGGCGUUGGGGAUGUGGGGCUAGGGCGGGGAUGACCCGAGUGUUCUUUGAGGCCCUGGGAGGAGGGGGCUGUUUGGAUGGAUCUGGGGGACCUAGGUCCUACUGGGCUUCCGGAAAUUGAGGAUUCAGGGUCUCCUGCCGUCCCUACAGUUAGAUGAGCUCACUUUCCCGGAGUUCACUGUUUAGGUAGGGUUUUGGAGUCUGGACGUUGGAGGUGUCCAGGUGUACCUGCAGUGGUCCAGAGCCCAGAACUCCCAGUCACUGGCUGGGGCUGGGCGUUCAACUCAGCGGGGCUCAGGCACCUAGAGGAUAUUCUAGGUGGACUGGGGUCUCGGGAUCUCUGCGGACGGUCCCCCGGCUCCACCCCAUCAUGUGGCCGCCCCGACUCCGCCUCCGCCCCAGUUCCUGUUUCGGCCUCGGCAGUCCUGCUUCAGCCCCUAGGGCUCCACGCAGACGCCUGCUCUUCCUUCUCCGCCCGGGCCACGUCUUCCUGGGCGCUCACAGUCCGCAUCCACGCUCGUCCCGCCGGGGGAUGGGGCCUUCCCCCGGCCUGGGCCGGCCCUGCUGGGGUCCCCGAGGCGACUCGGCCCCGCCUUGAUGGACUGGCCCGCCUGGUGCUGCGGCCCCAGGAUGAAGGGCGGCGAGGGGGACCCGGGCGAACAGGCCCCGCUGAACCCGGAGGCCGAGAGCCCCGCGGGCUCGGCCACCUACCGGGAGUUCGUGCACCGCGGCUACUUGGACCUGAUGGGGGCCAGUCAGCACUCGCUGCGGGCACUCAGCUGGCGCCGCCUCUACCUCAGUCGGGCCAAGCUGAAAGCUUCCAGCCGCACGUCUGCCCUGCUCUCGGGCUUCGCCAUGGUGGCCAUGGUAGAGGUACAGCUGGAGAGCAACCACGAAUACCCGCCGGGCCUGCUGGUGGCCUUCAGUGCCUGCACCACCGUGCUGGUGGCUGUGCACCUCUUUGCACUCAUGGUCUCCACCUGUCUGCUGCCUCACAUUGAAGCCGUCAGCAACAUCCACAACCUCAACUCUGUCCACCAGUCUCCACACCAGCGACUCCACCGCUACGUGGAGCUGGCCUGGGGCUUCUCCACUGCCUUGGGCACCUUCCUCUUCCUCGCUGAAGUUGUCCUGGUUGGCUGGGUCAAGUUUGUGCCCAUCGGGGCCCCCUUGGGCACACCAGGCUCUGUGGUACCUGCCUCCCAGGUGCCUGAGACUCUGCCACCAGUGGCCGCCUCCCUUAGUCCAGCUUCCAAGCCAUCCUCUGCUUCUGUAGCCCCGUCACAGGCUGAGCCACCUGAGGCCUGCCCACCUCGGCAAGCAUGUGGCGGUGGUGGGGCCCAUGGACCAGGCUGGCAAGCAGCCAUGGCCUCCACGGCAAUCAUGGUACCUGUUGGGCUUGUGUUCAUGGCCUUUGCCCUGCAUUUCUACCGCUCCUUGGUGGCUCACAAGACCGACCGCCACAAGCAAGAGCUAGAGGAGCUGAGUCGCCUGCAGGGGGAGCUGCAGGCUGUGUGAGGCCGGUGUUAGCCACAGCUGCGAGCACCGCCUCCCUCAGGGGUCAGCCAGAGGCCCCAGGUCUACGGACCCCAUUCCCCGCCCUGCCUGGAGCCACUUCCUGUGGCCACUCUCAGGUAGAGAACAGAUUCCUGCCCUCAGGGUCCUUUGGGCUGGGCCUUGGGCAGCUCCCACAUUCCCAGGGAUUCUCCCUGUCAGUCUGUCCUAUGGGUUUUGGAAAGUCUACUCUACACCUGGGCUGGGAGGAGCAAGGGAGGAAGCGGAAGGUCCUCAGUCCAAGGCUCAUGCAGUAGGUAGAGGGGAGGCAGGGAGACCCUGUCAGACCUUUGGUGCUGACUCUUAGCCACUUGCCCCCUUAUAGAAUGUGGAGGCCAGAAGCUUACACACCCACCCAGCUGCCCCAGAAGGCAGCCAAUCCUUGCUAUACUUUUGUAGAAUCUAUUUUAUGGUUGGCUUUUUUUUUCUUCCUCAUCCUCAGAUUUUGAUGGGUUCCACCCUCUUGCUUUGGUGUUUGGGUAGAGGGAUUUGGGUGUUUCUACCCUAGGCAUAUGUCCAGCCUUUCCAAGGAGGAGCCACCCUAUUUGGAGGAAGUUCAAAUGCCUGCCCCACUGCCCUAGACCCACAUUUAUGCUUCUGUAUCUGGUUCCUACUCCUGGUUCAGAGCUGGGGUCGGUGUGCCCAGCCUGAUCCCUAGCAAGGGUUGGGGUGAGGUUUUAAGGGAGGAGGUCCAGUCCAUAGCCCUUGGAAUACAGAGCUAUUCUGACACUGAAUUUUUGAUGCACCUAGUUUUGUAUAAUAAACUGUUUCACACAUGUCCCUGUGGCUGUGAAUGGGGUGAAGGGGAGGCCUUGUCGGGAACAGCUGACUUGUUCUUAAGAAUCAAGUGGAGGCAAGUGUCCCUGGGGGCAGGGCAGGGGUGGAGGAGAGGAGGUUCCAGGUAUGACCCCCUUGUGGUGCUGA